AGCGACGUCACCAACAAUAUACUGACAUUCGCCAUAUUUGUUGUUGUUUUACAAGUUGCAGGAAAACAUUUGUAGAGUUUUGUCGUUUUAAACGUUGAAAAAAUGUCAUCCCCAAGUCCAGGGAAGCGUCGGAUGGACACAGAUGUUGUUAAACUUAUUGAAAGUAAACAUGAGGUGACAAUUCUAGGUGGUCUGAAUGAGUUCAUAGUGAAGUUUUAUGGACCAGCAGGAACACCAUAUGAGGGAGGGGUAUGGAAGGUUAGAGUUGAUCUCCCAGAAAAAUAUCCAUUCAAGUCUCCUUCAAUUGGCUUCAUGAACAGAAUCUUUCAUCCCAACAUUGAUGAAGUAUCUGGAACUGUUUGUUUGGAUGUAAUAAAUCAGGCAUGGACUGCGCUAUAUGAUCUCUCCAAUAUUUUCGAGUCGUUCUUGCCACAGUUAUUGAGCUAUCCAAACCCGAUAGAUCCCCUCAAUGGUGAUGCAGCUGCAAUGUAUCUACAUAAACCAGAGGAUUACAAGAAGAAAGUCACAGAGUAUGUGAAGAAGUAUGCAACCGAAGAAGCUAUUCGUGAACAAGAACAUCAAGAUUCCUCUAGUGAAAGUUCUAUGAGUGACUUUUCUGACGAUGAAGUUCAAGAUAUGGAGCUUUAACGUCAGUAAUUUUAUACCUGAUAUAUACACCGAGGACAUCAUUGUAUACCUUCAUACUGCUUCUUAGUGCAGGCUCCUCCUGGUGCAAGGGGUUUAACACCAUACCAUAAAUAUCAGAUGUGAAUUCUGCAAUGUGUCUUUAAAAAAGUUUUAAAUUCAGUUCCUUCAUGAACCUUUGAAAAAUAUAUUCUAAAGGUUUAUGUAGAUUUCUACAGAGGUCUUGUCCUUGACAGUACACAACAACAACAACAACAACAACAGCUUCACAGUUAUGAUAUAUUCUUUCGAAAAUUGUUUUGAAUUGUUAAGUGUUAAAGCAUGAGUUGUCAUACAGUAUAACCUCGAUAAACCAGCGCCCUACAGAGACAAAGAUUUAGGUUGUUGAAGAGAGAUGUUGCUCUGAAGAUGUUAAAUUUAUUGCUAGGUCUUACUUUGAUAUAAUGGAUUCUGUUGUUGUAAAGAUGUUAUUUAUCUACAGAGGACACUUACCAGAGGCUGCACUGUAUAAAAUAAAUCUUAUUAAAUAUUGUUUAAGUUAUUAUCAAAAGAUAAUGUAAAUCUUUAAAGAAAAGAAAGAGAUUGAGUUUUAAUGGGAAAAGAUAUAUAAUUUAAAAAUGCUGUACAUUUUUCAAAUCGUAAUCUUGAUAAUAAUUGAACUUUUCAAAUUUUGGGUAGCACUGUUAAAUGUAAUGUUAAAGGAGCAGGUUUCGAAGAUAAUGAUGGUCUUCUUCAGUGAAUUUGGGUAUUUUUAUCAUUUUUAGUCACCAUUUAGACAUUGUUUUAAUUUCCAUUUUAUCCCCACAUGCUCAUGUACUGAACAUAAAUAAGACAGGUUGGGAAAAAAAACAACAACCAAAUUUCUCUUCUUUUUUUGUGGUUUUUCAUUGUUCUUAGUUAUCAGGUUUAGUUGUUGAUGUCUGAAGUUAUACCUUGUUUGAGAGCAUCAAAUUUACUGAAAAAAUCUGCUCAAAAGCCAUUUUUUUACAAUUAUUAAUCUAAUUUUUGUAGCUAUUGAUUUUAAGUUCACAGAACUAUUUUAUGUUCAAUCCAGAAUUUUUUUAGGACUUAUGGAAGUGAAAAUUUCUUUUCACUUUCUUUUCACUUAUGGAAGUGAAAAUUUCUUUUCUUUUGAUUUCUUGUCCAAAUUCAUUGUCUUUAAUAUUAAUAUUGAACAUAAUAUAUUUAUGUUUUUGAAAUAAGGAAGAAAAUAGUGAUUAUUAUUUUUUAUCUUAAGUCUUGUGUCUCUUUUUGUACAUGUAUAUGAGCAUUUUUCUAUGACAGUAGAAUGUAUUUUUAGAAAAUGCGUCCCAAGAUUUUAAAAGCCUCCACCAAAAGGCGAUGAUUUCAGGUGCAAAACAAGUAUUGUUUGAUUUAUAAAAAUCGUUAGUUUAAAAUCUUGUCUGCAUAUACAAACAACUGACAUUCUGAGCAUGCCAGAUUAGUGGGGUUAAAACUUCAUUAUGUAUAUAAGUAUACCUCUACAUUUAUUGCAUUGUUUUGUGAUGUGUUUAAAGUGUUAAUGAUUGUAUUACUAAAUAGUUUGUUUUGACAAAAUAUAGUUCUGGAUGAUUAUGGUGAUGAUUAUAUCUGUAUAUUUAUAUAUAUCCUGGUGAUGUUCUCUUUCUUACCAGUAACUAGCCAUUUUCUUUAUUUCUUUCUGGCUUCCUGGUUCUGUUAAACCCUUUUUAAUGUCCCAUCAUUUAUCUACAUCUCCUAUCUCCUCUCUCUUACUGGUAUAACACUUAACUUUCUCUUUUUCUGACUUCUUCUCAAAACCAGUCAUUGCAAAACAAUUUUGUUCUGUGAGAAUACUAUUUAUUAAUCUCCAAAAAAAUUAUAUUGUAGAAAAUCCUUCAAAGCAAACUUCAUGGGUUCUUUCUUCAAAUAACUGUCUUCCAUCAUAUGUGCUAAUAACAAGGCCAGCAAAAGAGCUGCCUGUUUCUUGACAUACUUAUAAUUACACUCUGUCUUAUUUUGUAAAAUACAACAUAUUGCUACCUUAGUGCAGUAAUGGGUUAACUCCUUUUAAAUUAUAUAAGGAACCUGUUACUGCACUAAGAUGAUAACAUAGUUUCACUUAUCUUACAAAUUAAAGAAGCUGGUGUAGAGAGUAAUGAGCAACAGACAUAGCUCAUUUCGGGGCCUAAAAUGUUCUUUAGAUUUUAUUUAUCUAGGUGAAAAUUAUUGAGGGUUGCUGAUAUGUAAACUGGCUGGUUUCAUCUUUAUGCUUUUACCUUGCUGUAUUUCAGUUCUGACUGUGAUAUUCAGUUAUCUACUAUGUCUACUGUGAGUACUUUUAUCAACAUUUGCUGAAAUUAUACCAUUUGCAUGGUUAUUUUUAUUUAUCACUAAGAGACUUCAAUAGAAAUUGUCGUCUAAUAACAGGGCAUUAUUCUGGUCUUAUAACGUAGAAGAAUAAGAUGCUGGGAAGGGUUAUUCAUAAUUCUUUUCCGAGGUAAUUGUGGGUAUCUUGACAAAGCAAAUGAGUUGAUUUUUACUUUAGAUAUAGAUAUAGUAGAUAAUGAAGUUUUUAGUUCAGGAUCAUCCAGAACUUGAUACAGGUAUAUAUGUGUGCUAUAUGUUAAUUCUUGUGCAAAUCCAGUAUGUGUGAUUGUCUUUGACCAAUCAAUGAGGCGCAUCGCGACAAAACCAACAUAGUGUGUUUGCGACCAGCAUGGAUCCAUGCUGUUCGCUUACCAACCCUAUUACAAGUAGAGAAACUGAUAGCAAAAAAGCAUGGAUCCUGAUCAGACUGCGCGGAUGGGCAGGCUGGUUUGGAUCCAUGUUGGUCGCAAACGCACUAUGUUGGUUUUGUUGUGACGAGGCUCAAAUAUUUUGUCUGUUUUCAGGUUUUUCUCAGACCUAAAUGUUGCCAAGGAACAUAUUUUUUCCUUCAGAAGUUUAACUUGUGAGUUUUUUAGUUGCAAAGAAAAAGAA